AUGGAGGUCGGAGUAGAAUCUGAUCGGGUACAACAGUACGACGCGAGUAACGCCGAGUGGAGGCAGCUGGAGCUGGACAUGGUAGACGAGGCGCGAGCCAAAGCAGCCGUUCGGCUAAUGGUAUACCGACAAAGAAUGAAGCAGAAUUACAACAGGCGAGUGAUUCCCAGGGCAUUCCAAGUCGGUGACUUUGUAUGGAAAAAGGUGAAGCCGGUCGGAGAUGUGAGCAAGCUGGAGGCACCCUGGGCUGGGCCCUUUAAGGUCAUCGAGAAGCUCCGAUUGGGUGCCUAUUACCUCGAAGAUGAAGAUGGACGACAGCUAGAACGACCAUGGAACGCUAAAUAUCUCCAGCCGUACCGAGUUGGAUGA